AUGGCUAUUAGCAAUCGCCGAGACCGGUGCAGUUCCUUCAGCUGCCACUGGGAGAACGUCCCACUUGGAUGGCACAACACUCCGCCCUUAAUCCAUCAGUCCAACAAUAUCUAUUCUAAUGUGUCCCGACGAGCCAAAACUGGCUCGAGUGAUGUCAUGCUUCCCUCGAGGCGCCGAGACUCGUCUGUCUCCUUCGGCCAUCUCUUGGUCUUGCUUCUCAGUUUCAGCGACUGGGUUCUUCUUGUUGGGCUUUUGCCACCAUCCUCCGAAUCACAAAACCCAUGA